AUGAUGGAUGCCAACGUCGGUCACAUCGAUUUCGGUGGUGAUGAUAAAGACGAUGCUGGUAUAUUCAGAAUCGCCGAUGACUGCCACAGUGAGGAAGAUGACGCCGUCACUGUUGAAAAUAACGUUCUUUCAGCAGUGCACACGAAGCGCACUGCUGUUGACAAGGAUGAACCAGAAGAGGAAUUUCUGCUGACUCGCGAAGUGGUUGUCCGCUUCGUUCAAGACUCUAUUGCAGAUGCAUUAAACAGACAGAAAUGA